AUGACUGACGAGGAUCUAGUGACCUUGUUUGGUGGUGAAAAUAUUGUGGAUUUGGUGACUGUAGCGCAAGCUGUGCAUUGGUUUGACCUGAACAAGUUUUAUUCCCAAGUCAUACGCCUUCUACGAAAACCUGGAAGUGUACUUGCGGUUUGGUGCUACAAUAUUGCUGUCAGUCCUUCAUUUGAUGCAGCAUUUAAGCGAUUUCGUAACUCAACUCUUCCUUUUUGGAACCCGAAUGCCCAGUACGUAUUUGAUAGCUAUAAGAAACUCCCAUUUCCUUUUGAGAGUGUUGGUUUAGGAUCAACAUUUAAUCAAGACACGAUUCCCAAAAUGGGCCCAGUACGUAUUUGA